GAGAGCCGCCUGCUGCUGCUGCUGCUGCUGCUAACCCGACACAGCUAGCCCACCCCCCGACUCACACAUCCGGGGAAACAUGGGGGGCUCCCAGAGCUCGGAGGUACCAGGUGGAGGAACCGAAGGCUACCACGUCCUCAGAGUGCAAGAGAAUUCCCCCAGUCACCGUGCAGGACUGGAGCCAUUUUUCGAUUUCAUCAUUUCCAUUUGUGACAUAAGACUGAACAAAGACAAUGACGCCCUGAAGGAGCUGCUGAAGAUGAACGUAGAGAGGCCCAUCAAGAUGCUGCUAUACAGCAGCAAGUCAAUGGCAGUGAGGGAGACGUCCGUCACACCCAGCAACAUGUGGGGAGGCCAGGGGCUCCUGGGCGUCAGUAUUCGCUUCUGCAGCUUUGAAGGAGCCAAUGAAAAUAUUUGGCAUGUCUUGGAAGUGGAGCCAAACUCGCCUGCAUCCCUGGCUGGUUUGAGGGCCCACGCCGACUAUAUCAUAGGAGCCGACAGCGUCACGAACGAGAGCGAGGAUCUGUUCUCGCACAUCGAAUCCCACGAAGGGAAGGAGCUGAAGCUGUUCGUCUACAACACGGACGCAGACAACUGCCGUGAGGUGGUCAUCACUCCCAAAUGUGACUGGGGUGGAGAGGGAAGUCUAGGAUGUGGGAUUGGCUAUGGCUACCUGCACAGGAUACCCACACUGCAAUUUGCAGAGGGCGAAAAGAUCCAUUCCCCUGCACAGGCUCCGAAUGAACCCUCCCCUUCACCUAAAGAUGGAUUCACAGAGGUCCAUCUCUCUGCCGUGAUUCCAACUGUUCCGGUCGCUGUGUCGUCUUCUGCAUCGACUGGAUUAGAGCAGUCUCUCGCCGGCUGGUCGGUCGUCUCUAAUCCGACCUCUGUCCUCAGCAGUAUACAGACAGGGCACCCUACGAUUCCACUGCCCAACCAAGCCCCCUACUCACUCCCCCUGUCUGUCAAUCCUACUCCAACAAUACCAGGCUUGAUGUCCUUACCUGGAGGUCUUCCACCAUUUCCAAAUUUGCCAAACCUCAAUAUGUCUUUGGCAGACAUACGCCAAGUAUUGCCCCCUGGAAUUAAAUUCCAACACCCAGCGGACACAGCUCCUACUGUUACACAGGACAGAAUAUCUCCCUCCUCCCGCAUUCAAAUGAACAGGUCACUGACCAAUACCCCGAUAUCAUCAACGACCACCUCUGAAUCAAUAAAAAUCACAAUGUCCAUAGACUCGUCUUAGCAGAGCUCCAUUUUACGUUUGUCAGUUUGCUCAACUCUUGACACAACAUACAGUCAGUCAAUCAGCUGCUCUGGUCAGUUGACAGAUUCCCCCUACAGCGCCUGUUUCUUGGAUACUGGAAUUACGCCGCUGUUCUUCUCAAGCAGUUUGCUGAUGGACUGAAAGAAAAAUUACAAGAAUCAAACUUUUGCUGCAGAGUACAAAUAUGCACUGUGCAGCAGAAAAACACUUAAAAAGUUCACCUCUGUCAAAGUAUAUUAAAAUUUAAGUGGGUUUUUUUGAACAGGUUACUUUCUAAUGUGCAAGUCAGAAUCUUUGCAUUUUUCUUUUGGGUAAAACUUCUUCCCAAUAGUGUUCUACUGGGCAUUUUCCUUUAAAUGAGCAGGUUUUCUUGCUGUUGUAGCCAUGGAAUAUUUAACAGUUUUGUACAAAAAGAGUUUGUUUGAUUAAACUAUUGUAUUUUCUCUA